AUGCCAGCGGCCAUGGACACAGUGGGGUCUGGCCCAAGCAAUACCGGUGAUGAGGACAGAUACCUGCCCCUGCUCUCGCAGGAACUCUGUCAGCUCCAGGCCAAGCAGAGGAAGCUGAAGAGAGAGGUGGAGAAGCACAAACUUUUUGAAGACUAUCUGAUUAAGGUCCUUGAGAAAAUCCCCCAGGGUUACAGUGAAGCAGAGGAGCCAGAGGCGGCCCUGGUGGAGGCCAUGGUGGAGCACUACGGCAAGCUCUUUACAGUCAACCAGGACGCCGAGAAGCACCUGGAGGCCUUCUCCGAGAUGAGCCAGGCCGCCCACCAGAGCCUGGAGUCUCUAGAAGAGAGCCAUAGAGCUCUUAUCCCGAGCCUCAAGGUCCGGCUGAGUCAGCUGCAGAGGAAGUGUCACCACAGGCAGGAGCAGCGAUGGCAGUUGGAAAACGACGUCACUUACCAGAAAGACAUGAGAGGCUGUAUUGAAUUUAUGUUCGACAAAAUGGAGACUGUGAAAUUUAUCUCGCCGCUCAUGGAACCCAGAGUAUGCUGGUCAGGUGACAGCCUCAAAGACCAGGGAUUCAGAAGGUGCACCGGAUCCUUCGGGAAAUGUCCAAGGAGUCAAGGUUUGAUCCCCAGGACCCCUUUUCCCAGUGUCCAGACUUCAGAGUGCUCCAGCCUGUACUGA